GAGGAGAUGGGACAAAGUUAUUAUGAAGUCGUGCCCGGAACUGGAACUGCGUAGAAGUACCAAAAGCCGGAGCCAAGGAGUGGAAGUCCCACAGAAGACAUCGGAUGAUGUUCCCAAGCCGGGUCAGCGUGGAUCCCUUUGGGGACGGGACGGCGAGGAGGAGGGGCGGAGCGAGGUCGGCGCCAGCCACGCGUGUUCUCACCACUGCGCUCUGGCGCUGUCGGGCUCUUUGCCUCCGCCGCCCCUCGGCGACACAGCCCAGCGCGCCCGCCCCCGCGCCCCCCCGCGGCCGCACCGACUGCGCCGCUCAACCGCCCACCCCCCCUUCGCCCCCCGCAUCCCGCAGCCGCCGCCUCGCACGCCCCCAUUCGCCCCACCUCCCCCGCCCAACCACCUCCUUCCCGCCUCACAACCGGCGCCUCCGCCCGCCCCCUCCAUCUCCACCUCAUCUGCCACCACCGCGCUCACGCAGCUGCCCCCCCGCCUACACACCCACGCCCCCCAC